GCGUGCGUGUGUGUGUGUGUGAGUGCGGGUGUGUGGCGCGCGCGUGUGUGGCUGCCGGAUCGGUUUCUCGGGGUUUGACCAGCUGUCCCAGGCUAACCCUGCUCUCUGAAGAUGGAGGAAGUAAAAACAGGAUUACCCUUAGCUACAGAUCCACUGCCUUAGUUUCCAUAGCCAACUGCCGUGCAAAAACACACAUCCACUAGGCAGAGAGAGGCGACACUAAUAAAAACACAAACAAAAGGGUGAUGGAAGUGAUUCACUGCGUGCGCGGCUGAGCACUGCACUUUGACUAUGGAAGCAGAGGCUGCUGAUGGAUAUAUAACAUCAGGUGACAAUGAGCUUUCCCCCGAAAGGGAGCACUCCGACAUGGCUAUUGACCUCACCUCAAGUACACCCAAUGGGCAGCAUACCUCACCGAGUCACAUGGCAAGCACAAAUUCAGUAAAGCUAGAAAUGCAAAGUGAUGAGGAAUCUGACAGGAAGCCCCUGUGUCAGGAAGAUGAGAUCAGGGCUCAUGAUGAAGGAAGCAGCCUGGAAGAGCCCCUCGCUGAGAAUAACGAGAUGGCGGAUAACAGAAAGAUCCAGGAGCUAUCGAGCGAGGGAGGAAUCCGGCUUCCGAAUGGUAAACUGAAAUGUGACGUCUGUGGCAUGGUUUGCAUUGGGCCCAAUGUGCUAAUGGUACAUAAAAGGAGCCACACUGGUGAACGCCCCUUCCACUGUAACCAAUGUGGAGCUUCUUUUACCCAGAAGGGGAACCUGCUGAGGCACAUCAAGUUGCACUCUGGGGAGAAACCGUUCAAAUGUCCCUUCUGCAGCUAUGCCUGCCGACGGAGGGACGCCCUCACAGGACACCUCAGGACGCACUCUGUGGGUAAGCCUCACAAGUGCAACUACUGCGGCCGGAGCUACAAGCAGCGCAGCUCGCUGGAGGAGCACAAGGAACGCUGCCACAACUAUCUGCAGAACGUCAGCAUGGAGGCUGCCGGGCAGGUCAUGAGUCACCACGUACCUCCUAUGGAAGAUUGUAAGGAACAAGAGCCUGUGAUGGACAACAAUAUUCCUCUGGUGCCUUUUGAGAGACCUGCUGUUAUAGAGAAGCUGACAAGCAACAUGGGAAAGCGUAAAAGCUCCACCCCACAGAAGUUUGUGGGUGAAAAGCUCAUGAGAUUUGGCUAUCCAGACAUUCACUUUGAUAUGAACUUAACCUAUGAGAAGGAGGCUGAGCUGAUGCAGUCUCACAUGAUGGACCAAGCCAUCAACAAUGCAAUCACCUACCUUGGAGCUGAGGCACUUCACCCCCUGAUGCAGCACACACCAAGCACAAUUGCAGAGGUGGCCCCGGUCAUCAGCUCAGCUUACGCUCAGGUCUAUCAUCCUAACAGGAUAGAAAGGCCCAUUAGCAGGGAAACGGCUGACAGUCACGAGAACAACAUGGAUGGCCCUAUCUCCCUCAUCAGACCAAAGAGUCGAACCCAGGAUAGAGAGGGCUCCCCCAGCAAUAGCUGCCUGGAUUCUACUGACUCAGAGAGCAGCCACGAAGACCGCCAGUCCUACCAAGGAAACUCUGCCUUAAAUCCCAAGAGAAAGCCAAGCCCGGCUUAUAUGAAGGAGGACGCCAAGGCUUUGGAUGCCACAAAAGCUUCUAAGGGCUCUUUAAAGGAUAUCUACAAGGUCAUCAAUGGAGAAGGGGAGCAGAUUAGGGCUUUCAAGUGCGAGCACUGUCGCGUUCUUUUCCUAGACCAUGUCAUGUACACCAUCCACAUGGGCUGCCAUGGCUACCGGGACCCGCUAGAGUGCAACAUCUGUGGCUACCGAAGCCAGGACCGCUAUGAGUUCUCAUCGCACAUUGUCCGAGGGGAGCACACAUUCCAUUAGGCCUUCUCAUCCAAAGGGGACUCUUAUGAAGUAGAAAAAACUGCACAUGAAGAAAUACUGCACUUACAAUCCCACUUUUCCUCAGACAUUGAUACACCUAUUUUGUUGUUGUUGCUGUUGUUGUUGUUGCUGUUGUUUAAUUAUUAUUAUUAACCUUAUUUUUGUGGACCCAACCUCAGUUGCUCUGCCCAGCUUAAGAAUGGAAGGAAGGAAGGGAAGGGAUAAAAGAGGGGUUUUCUGUUGUUGUUGCUGUCACUUUUUGUUGAGUGACCUGACUUGCUUUUUGUGGGAAUUGAAAGGCAGUCCGUUUCUGUCACAAUUAGCUGUGUAUCAUGUCCUAUUUUGGGAUAUUGCUCAACUCUGCUAGGUGCUUUAAAGUCGUGAUGAGAUGCCACUCCUUUAUAAUUUCAGACAAAUAGGUAGAAACAUUUCAGAGGAGAGCCUUUUUCAAAUGCGUAGAUACGGUGUGGGGUUUUGGUGGCUGGAGAAGAGUGGGGGGACUUUAUUCUACAGAAUGAACAAUUAUUUUUAAAGCAAAACUGUUUUACGCUAGGGAUUUAGGAGCAUGAAUCAAAGUCAAUAUUCCUUUCAAAACGACUUUCUAGGGUGAGCUGUUUUCCUGGGUUCAGUGUGUAUUGCCCCUUGCGAAUGUACAAAAAUGUAUGUCUAACACUGUACCACAUAACAGCAGUUUAGUUUCAUAAGUCUGAGGGCCUUCUGUGGUAAGUUUGAGGCUCUGUAUUUUUAUUUUCCUUAACUUAUGAAGCACCUUUUUUAGAAUUGUUGAUUUGAUGUUACUCCAUGCCUGUGUGUUGACUCACUGGCUUCUUAGAGACCCUUGGGAGCCUUACUUAUUUAGUUGCACCCUAUGUUUUAAGAAAUAGCAUUUACAAAUAACGUUUUAACCUUGCUCCUAGGACAGUAAGUGGCCUAGGAGUGGGUGAGAGAGUCUGUAGUUUACUCAAGAGGUUCUGCUGCUCUUCUAAAAUAAUUUGUUUUAAAAUUGCGGAUUUUAAAAUGACAAAAGUACUAGUAGCAAAGUGUUCUUUAAAUAUAAUUAUAUAUCUAUAUAUACCUGUAUAAAUACUUUCUCAUUCUAUUAUCACAGUGUUAACCUCUUGGCAGCAGCCUAAACUAAGACUUGCAGCUGGGAAAACACUAGGAGCCAGAUCGUCGGCCAGCGUUAAUCCUCUUAGCUCCAUUGAGUUUAAUGGAACUAUUCCAACUACUUCAGCUACAUCAGGAUCCGAGCCUUGAUUAUUUUUUCUCACGUUAACGUUUUGUUUGCUAAUUUGCUGAUCCAGUGCUUUCCUUUUGUUUUUAAAUCAUUAAUUAUGCUUUAAUUUAGGGGUGGAAGUACAGAUUUUGCUGGAUAUCCUUUGCUCUUGGAAAGCAUGCAAGCCCUUCAAACAAACAGAUUGCAUACAAUAUCCCCAACUUCUUCAGAAAGUGAUGUAUGAGAUACAGAUGCUGUGCUUUAAUUUGAAUUUAUAGAUACCAUUUUUAUUCAUAAUUUAUUAAUUUCACUGUAGGGCAAACAAAAAAAAAACAAAUUCCAGAGCAAUUUCUUGAACUACAGACUGGACAAGGAGAAAAAAAAUCUGUUUUGUUUGCUUUUUUUCUCUCCCAAUAAAUAACAAAUCCAGCAACCAGCCAGCAGGUUGCAGGUUGCAUCACUAAAAACUGGGCUUAAACCUAUGUGACAGAUUGCCACUGAAACCCAACUGUUUGUACCAAUCACUAUUGAAUUGUUUUUGUUUGGCAACAAGAGCACAGCUUAAGAAUGGAAAGAUCUGCAUGUGGGUUUAACCCCUUCCAUGCAAGCAGUCUCCCUCUGCUUGGUGAGACCUUUUCAAAAGUAUAAAGUUACAGAAGUGUAAAAAAGAGAGGAAGAUCAGGCCAUAAUGAAUUCCCAUCUGCUCCCUUCAAUCUGCGUACUCUGUGCACAUGCCAGUUUGCUGUUCGUUUUGAGGGUACUGUUUUUUUUUCUUCUUCUCUUCCUAGACCUGGAGCAUUUGAAAGUAGGAGCUGAGUGGUAUUGAUUGAAAUCUUUUUACGGUGACAUUCUUGGCAGCUAGAACCUGUGUUUAGAAAGGAUACAGUAGAUCAUGGCCAGGUUACCUGAUGACUGCUUCCCAGCACUGAAAUGCUAUUAAGUAGGAGCUGGUAAAGUCUUGCAGUAGCCUAUUAAUUAUAAUACAAUAUGGAGAGAAAUGUCAUCUUGUGUAAGCUAAGAGCUAUCAAGGCUGGGAAUAUAUGGGCCUUGGAGAGGCAGCUUUAAAGACCUGUUCCCAACAUUGUUCUUAAUGUGAUUGGGUUCCUCCUCCUUUUUUCUUCAUCCAAAUAUAGAGGAAGCUCAGGCCAAUGAAGUGCUGCCGUCCUCCAAACCUUUCUGGUCGUCUUGUGCUUGGUGCAGUCGAAGGAGUUUGUUCAGAAGAAAAGGGGGAGACGCUGGAGGGCAUUGCUUUCACUCUGUGUGGCUGAUUCGCUGCAGCUAUGAAGGUUGGCUUAGGAGAUGGCUGGCCAUGUUCUGCAUCAUCCUGUGUUUGGAAACCCAGAGACUGGGGUUUCCAGUAUGGCACUAAAAAAAGUGGUUAUGAAUUCUGCUAAGGCAGCAAAGAUCUUUUUAAGAACAGUGUGUGAAGGAAAAGAUGCUGGGCCUGGACAUCACUAAGCUAGCAUGGAGCUCUAAAAAGACACAAGCUUGAGCCAGGCAGAAAGGUGACCAGCAAUCCCAUCCAGUCUCCAAGGGAUAACAAACCAUUCCCUGUGGCCAGGGGAAAGAAUGAAGGCUAUGGUUUCUUGUAAUAGCUAGCACCAGGCAGCAAGUGUUAAAAAAAAAAAAAAAAAUGCCUGUGUCUGGGGAAGCACAGGAACAGGGGAAAGGCAGAGAAUUUUUUGUGCAUCCACAAGUGAGUUGGCUACAAUGAUACUCACAGUUUAUUUGCGUGCACUUUCAUUCAGUGAUGCCUCCUGUAAUGUAUCUUCUGUAAAUGUUUCAAAGAUCAGACUUGGAGGCUCGGUGAUUUUGUAGCUGGAUUUAGUGUAGUAGCCCAACCUUCUUGUUCCAAUAGUAGCACAGAAGAUCUGUAUGUGAUCAGUGCUGUGUCCUGGUAUCACAGAGAGAGAACUGGGGAGGUAGUGGGCAGAUUCCUGGUGUCACACAGGCACGCAGUUUUAGUUAUCAUCUUCCAAAAACUGCCUUUCUUGGAGAGCAGGAGGCUGAGGGGCUGCAUUAAUUUUUGUCAUCCAAUCUGAACACUCACUAAAGUUUUUCAUCCCAGAACUAGGGAAGGGGAAAAGAUUAAAUUCCAGUUCGAGUUCUGAACAAGCUUUUGGACUGACAUUUAUGUUAGUGUUUAAUUCCUACUUGGUAUUGCUGUGGAGAGGGAGUUGAAUAAGUCAGGCCGCAGCUCUUAAAUUGGAGGCCUGGCUGAUGUAGCUGAAAUUGUUGAAGAGUUUUGUAUACAUCAGUUUGCCCGUGUACAGAAGUGUGCAAAAUUGGGGCCUCAGAGGAUUUUUUUUUCUUGCAUGCUCUCUGCAGAUUUCUAAGAAAAGCUCUUGAGUUUUGUCAAAUUCAUUAGUCAUUCAAAGCGUACGAGGAAUUUCAGCAGAUAAUCCUUGGCCUGCACAUCCAUUUGUUCUAAGUAUCUGGUGUUUGAAAGCGAACCUGGCUGAUUUUUAUUGGACUCUCUCGAAUUCUUGGAAUCAGAUUUCCAGUUAAAAACAUACAUUUGCAAAUUUAGAAUUGGCUUCCUGUGAGCGUUCCCCAUUUUCAUUAAAAAAGCCAUUUCUGCAAACAUCCCUGCCAGUAAACCCUUUCACUUCGUUUUACAUCAAAAAUGGCAAGAUUCUGACUCAGUUUAAAUUAGUAGAAGCCUGUUAAUUUAAAUAGAAGUGUGAUUGCUUAUUCUGCUCUUGAUAUGAUCCAUAUUCUUGGAGCAAAGGACAUUAUCUAUAUAUCUGCUGCUAUGGCCAAUGAAUUUUACAGCCACCUCUCUUUGCAAUCAGUUAGGAGUGCACAUCAAAAUAUAUAGGAUUUUUUAGUAAACCCAGCUCUUUGUUCGGUAAUUUAUGGGAAUGAAACAAUUUUAUUCUCCUUAAAAAGUGCUUCCAUCUAUGAAGUGACGUGAAAGGUGUCUAGGCAUGAACCUCUAUUGGUCUGUAUUAGAGAGAAAAAUCUAACUAAAUUUGUAAAUCAGCCUGGUAUUUUUAAUCAUAGUAGUUUUUACGGUCUGAGGGCACAGCUCGCAAAAUAGCCAUGUAGAAAUAAAUGUAUUUACUAAAGAGCAAAGAAAUUCUCAAUUUUAACAUUUUCCAUAUUACGUUCCGUUAAUAUGGACUUUCCUAAAUUUGGAGCAUCAGGCAGGGGUAGGCCAGGAAUUAAACCAGAUCCUUUCAAAACUGGCCUUUAAUAGGGCAUUAUUACUGUUGUCUAGGUCCUGAGCUGGCGUUUUCGUGUUUGAAAAAAAGCCCCAUGGAAAGAAGCCACUUUGAAAGCAGAGUAGACACUCCUCCCUCCAGAAAGGGACUUUGGAGCUCGAUCCAGGGAAAGGUGCUUAUUUCAGCCAAGGACAGGAGUAGCGGUAAUAUGGUUCCUUCACUAUUUAAUAUUGUUUUGUUUCAGCUCUUGCUCUGUGUUAUAACGAUGGGGGAGAAGGGAGGUUACACUGUUACCUGAGUAGCCUAAACUCAAUAUGGAAGUUUAGGAAAAGCGAGAUCAAAUUGGCUUUGAUGCAGUUUGCAUCUUAGCUUGGUUUACUAUCAUUUAAAGAACAAAUGCUAAUGACCUGCAGUCUAGAGCAGCUGGAGAUUUUGAGAAAGUAUAUUUAUAUAUAUGGUAUCAUAUUGUUAGAUAUAUAUGCUUUAUUGUAUAUGUGCCUUUUUCAAAUGCAUUCUGAAAGCUUGGGCUGUCAUUCAUGGUAUCUUACCAUACCCUUUCAGAAUGCAAAACAAAAACAGAGCAACCCAAAGUAAAAAUCCCUGCUUGUAUGGCAUAGCAAGGCAGCUCCUGCUUCCUUUCUGCACCCACUUCGGCAGCUUCAGCGGGAGAGGAGACUGUCUUAGGUAUUCAGCUAUGAGAUGUCCUGUAGUUAGCUGGCUUUAAGAGCGGGAAGGGCUGAAAAUUACCCUGGCAAAGUGCGCUGCAGCUAUCCAGCUGGAGCUGCUCUCAGAGCUGGUCCCAGCCAACACAGAGUCAUCCACCGUCCCAUCCGUACGCCUGUUGCUGAGACUUCUUGCAAAAGCCCCCAGCCUCACAGUACCCUCGAGAGUGUCACGGCAGGGAAUUCCUAUUUUCUUAUCCUUUGUGGCUUUGGGUAAAGCACUCCUGAAAAUGGGCUUUGCUGUGCAUGUAACUCCCCGUUUAGGAACUGGAGCAGACUUUGCAGCCAUUCUACAAAAGUUUGCUUGGAGCUGGAAAGAGCAAAGCUCUCUGGGAGGUGGUUUGCAGAUUGGACUCUGAUGCCGCUGUUGUGCUGCUCAGUGAACUAGAGAGGAGAGAAACCCAUCCGUAGAAGGUGUCAGGGGAUGCGUUUCUGUCUUAGGCCGGGCAGAGCUCGUUGUCACGCGGGGGGUUUAUGUGCUGGAAUGCUUUGGUGGAAAGCGCAGCAGUGUUUUGGUCCUUGCCUGAUGGGUUGGUGACCUAGUGUCACAGCUUGUUAUUCGCCCUGCACGGGUGCAGUGUCCGAGUCGCGCGUGUGCCGGCAUGGGCGGCUAGGCCCGCACGCUUCCCGUCCCGCCGGGAACGUUGCUCCACGUCUCCGCAGGGCUGGGUUCCCCAGCGGCCGACCCCGGCGGUCGGAGACCCCGGCGGCCACAGUGAGGAUGAGGGCAAAGGGGGGAACGAGGUAGAAAAGAGGCAGAACUUGCUUUCUAGCAAGUAUAUUCCCUUUUAUCCUGCUAGAAAUUGUCCUGAAGUAUAGGCCCGGAAGAAUAUUACCAGUUUCUAUUGUAGCCUAAUGCAGCUGUGCCUGGAAGCGUGUGAUUCCUGCCCCCUCCUCCAGUGAGGGUCCGAAGGGAAUACAAGCCAGUCACGAGGAGGUAACGUGCUGACAUUUCCCCAUGCCACAGUCGUAAUAAUAGGCUGAGAUAACAGUAAAAAUGGCACCUAUUUAAACUGCCUGGCUUUGCAGCUGGGGUUCCCGCAGACAAGCAUUGCUCGUCAGUCCCGUUCGCUUGCAGCCUGUGGAAAGGCGGUUUGCAGUAUGCUCAGGCGGGUGUGCAUUUGGGAGCGUACCUCGCCAUGCUCUCUCCUUCCGGGAAACUUCUCCUUUACGGUACAAAUCAUGGGACCUAAUUAAUCCGUGGACAGAUAUGACCAUCUCUCUAUCAGCAAAGACUUACUCUUGCAUUGCAAAAUCUAAUGUUAUUUAAGACGAUUGCAAAAAUACUGUGAUGUAUUUACUAGCAGUACGUGAAGUAUUUUAAAGAUUUAAUGAUGAAGUGAAUCGGAUCAUGUCUUGAGGGGAGUUGUAUUAUGUGUUUUCUGUCGGGAGCAAGGGCGGCGCUUGACCCAAAGCUCGCUGAAGACAGGCGAUGUUCCCUUACUCAAGGACGUAUUGGUUUUAGGCCCCUGCACUGCAGCCCAAGAAAAUAUUUGAGCACGUGGUUACCCUCAUGUCAUCCCUUGGAUUUGCUCUGGGAGCGCACAGAAGUUUUACAGUUAAGCAUGUGCUUAAUCAUUGCUACGACUUGUUAGACGAGGGCCUUACUUGCUAAUUCGUGAAGCACAGCAACUUUUCUUUUUUAGGUCUCGGUCAUUAGUACUUGCGAGUGAGGGUCUGUGGUGCAAACGCAGUCGCUUCCGUCGGUGUGUUAGCCUUAACGCCUUCCGCGCGGCGGUACGUGAGCCUGGCGGACUGUGGUCUGUCUUAGCAAUCCGGCGUGAAACGCGGGAGCCUCCCGCGACGCGCGGUGGAGAGCGCGGCUCCGCUGCCGGCACGGCGCGGGCAGCUCGCAGUCGGUCGGGCUGUUCAGUUUUACCUCAAGUGACACAGACUAAGCAAAGCUUCUUGCAGGGGGGAGAGGUCACUGAAUCCCCUACUAUGCACUUACUGGGAUUUGACAUUGCUUACUGGAAACGGCGGUUCGUUUCUGAACACACUGUAACAAGGGAAGGACUUCUGGUUGUUUUUGUAGUCGUUCAGAUUCUGAAACUGUGAUCAAUUAUUUGACUAAUCGUCAAGUGUUCUCAGAGCUUGAACAUGUUCUCUUCCUGUCUCGUGUAGCAGUUUCCUCUGGUUUCCGAGUCUUUUCUCUUUCUCUCCUCCCUUUUUCCUUCUCUUAGCUUUAAGUCUGGGCCUGCUCUUAUCUCCUGUAGCUUUGGGCUGUCUAGGGGUUUUUUUUGUUGUUGUUCAUUGGCUGUACAGUCUGUUUACAUAUUUUUGUACUCAAGUGUAGUUUUAUAUUAAAAACAGGAAAAAGAAAAAAAAAGAGAUAGUUGAUUUGAGAAAAAAAAUAUUAAGGUACGUAAUCUUUGUAACACUUUAAAGAUCUAGGGUACCUUCAGAGAUGACUCCACAGCGAUGUAAUUAUAAUACUGUAUAUUUGCCUUCCUUUUCAGUUGGUUUUAUUUUCUGGUUGUAUUUUUUUUUCCCUAAAAUGUAUAUCUUUUUAUGAGAAACUGGAAACUUUUAAUGCAAAUGUUUAGAAAGAUUUAAAAUUGUAAAGUAAAAAAGUCAUAUAAUUUUUUUUUCCUGUUGGAAGAAAAUGCUUUAAAAGAAGUUUUACUACUGUUGUAUUCCAGGGUGGGGGUUACCAGCCCCAGAUUUGCUUCUUAUGCUUCAUUCUUGGAUCUUGCUUUCUAAACAUGCUCAUUGCAGACAUGGAUGAUUGCUUGUUUUUAAAAAAAAAUCACAAACCAACCCACCUUUUUUGGUUAUUUUUCUGUUCAAGUGCAAUACUUUCCCUGACGUCUUAUUAAUGUACAGUGGUUUCUUUUUUCUUUCCUCGGUCAACACAAAUCAGUGAAACAAAAUGCUCUAUCUUAAAUACAUUCAAAGAUAAGAUUCAACUAACUACGUAAAUUAAGAUUGUGACUGACAAAAGGUGAGAAACUGUAAGUUAAGGCUAAAGCCCAUUGCUUGACUCUUGCUUUUGUAUGACAUUGAAACACAUCCGGUGGUGUGAACUAAGGACAAACGUGUUCUUGUCUGUUUCUUUAUUUUCUUUUAUAAUUGCAGCUCUUUUUCUCUUACGAAAAGCACUUAAUAUCGAUGUUUAUUAAAAAUAACAAAAAAUAAAAAGAUCUUUUGGUCCGAUCCAAAACCCACUCAGUGGAGACUCUCGUUGACUUUGAUGGAUUUUGGAUUAGGCCUAAUCUCUUAGCUAGGGCAAAACUGCCAUUUACUCUAAUGGGAGAGGUUUGCCUGCGUAAGAAUUACAGGACUCGUGUCCUUUAUCUACCUGAGAGACCAGAAAAGCUUCUUUAGAGUUGUCCUUGUCUUAUAUAAGUUUAGAUGGGACUUGUUUUACAUAUCAUACAUAUUUAUAUAUAGUGUAUUUUUAAUGCCUUUUUUUCCCCAGUAGACUGAAGCCUCUGUUCUGUAAAUAUGUAUGUAGGUACGUAACUAAAAAAAAAAAAAAAUCCCAUUGAGAUUUCUUUGAAAGGCAGUUACUGCGCAUGCACAGUAGCCACUUUUGUCUUUUAAAUUUGUAUUUAAGAUAUUUCUUUUUAAUAAUAACAAAGGUGAGGAGACUAUAUCCCAUUCUGACUGAUUGCCAAAAUUAUUUCCCAGCCUCUGCGUUUUGAGUUCAAGAAGAAAAAUGCAUUCAGUGGGUGACUGUUGCUUACCCACGGUUUCACACUCCUCGGGCCAAAUCCUGAUAACCUCCUGCAGGUUGUUCAGGUCCUCCCAGCAACAGGGACCUUACUGAAGCGGUGGGAUCAUAUCUAAAGAUGUUGAGCGUAAUUUCAGGCUAUCAGGUCUGACCCUUGGUCACGGCGCCUGCAGUGACUCACGUGGCGUUGCCCCCUGCCUGCUUCAGUGCCGAAUGCGACACUGGUCGUUUUCGCGGAGCAAACCGGGUGAGUAGCCCGGCACGUGGCCACUCUUCUCCCGGCUUCCAGUGUUGAGUUCUGCAGCACGUGUUGGGAGCUCAAACUGAGGAACCUUAAAAGAUAAUAAGUUUAGGGUUUGUUCUAAAGCCGAGUGAAGACACUGGGAACUGUCACGUUGCUUUACGUGGCCAUUGGAACGUGCUCUUACAGAAGUUCAGAAACGAUUAUGCUGACAGUGGCGCAUGUGAGCAACCCCAAGGCAAACCUGUAUCCCCCUGCUAAAGAGUUUUGCCGCUGUAGACUGAACUAUGGGACUUGUUUCUUUUUCUUCUUAGUAUACAUGCAUACAUGCGGUUCCACAUCUGUAUGUGUGUACUCGGUACGUGUGUGAGUGUUGUACAGCCACGUGAGAGUGUGAGUCUGUGCGUGUGUAUAAAUAAAAGAAGCUGCAGAAACUUUGUAAUACUUUGUGAAAAGGAUUAUAUUAUAAAGGUUUGUACUGUCUUGAGUGCACAGCUACUGGAAUAAAUGUAGGGAAUCUCAGGAACAAGCAUAUAAUUUGUCCAAGAAUUAUUUCUUCUCAGAAGUGUAAGUGCAGUUUUUAAUUCUGUAUAUUAUUUAAUAUUUUACCAAUAAAAAUAAACUUCUGACAUGAAAGGGUUUUCCAGUCAAGGUUUCUGGGAACAUUGGUGUGUGCUUACAUUUUUCUUUCUUGCAGCAGCAGCCAUGAAUGGCAAAUUGGCACCUCAAGGGAUCACACUUCUACCUGAUAACAAAUCCUAUUAAGUAACUAGAGAGACUGAAGGGGUUAUGAGACUGGUGAACUGGGCCCAGAUCCACGCUGAUAUCCAUCAAAGCCGAUGACGUUCUUUUUAUUGACUUCAGCACAAAGUUUUUCAGCAAGAGUUAGUGAAGUAUUCCUUCUAAGGUCCUGUUAUUUGAAACGGUGGCAUCAGUGAGCUGCCAUUUGGUACCUGCCAUGUUUUUGAAAUGAGUUAGUGGCCCGAGGUCCGACUUUUUAUGGAAGACACUCAGACCACGUAAACAAGCACUUCGAACCCUUCCCUCAGCAUAGGUUUUUGGCUGAAAUCCUCUCUGUAGUAUCCAGAGGUGAUCUUCCCAGUUUGGAUUUACUGGGUAGUUCCCGUUGCCUAACUUGUUUUUUCUUUUGUAACACAGCUAUCAGUCUGGUAGCAUUCAUGGUAGAAACUCUUCUGAAUAAAAGGAAGAUCUCAUGAA